AUGGCAAAUAAAAGUCCUCGAUAUUGUUUAUAUCGAGAUUUUGUUGAUGCUUAUAUGAAAGCUCAUACAGAAAUGACUCGAUGCACAUCACAUCUUAGUGCACAAACAGAAUGGAAUGCAAUUAAAAAGAAUGACAAUGUAGUUAAAAAGAAGAUUGUUGAAUAUCUCGAUAUGUGGAAUAAAGCAGGUCAACCAGAACUUACACCAUCAAAAAAAACACCAAAUAAGAAAGAUAGUGCAUCAAAAACAUCUGCUAAAAAACGAACAUUGUCACCCGAUAAUGAUCAACAAAAUGAUGAUCCUAAUAGAAAAUUAAAUUUUUCUUCACCUGUAACACCUACAUCAAAUAAACGUAAGGCAUUGAUAGAAAUCGAUGAUCUUGAAACUGAAUUAACAACAAAUGAACAAUCAUGGAUUAUGCGUUCAGCUGAAAAACUUGCUGCUAAAAAGAAAAUUGUAACACCUGAAUCUGAAAAAAUAAAAGCACCAGCACAAGAAUCAAUUUUAAGUGAUCUUAAUGAAAUAUCUGAACGUAUUGACAAUUUAAUUCAAGUUAAAAGUAUGGGUUUAUUAACAGCUGAAAAUCAGAAAAAAUUAAAGAAAUUAAUUGAACAAAAACAACAACGUUCUUCUGAUCUUAAACGUCUUCAAUCACGACAACGUGCAUCAGCACGUUUUCGUGAAAAGAAAAAACGAGAAGUUGAAAAAUUAUGUGCUACUAAUCCUGUUGCAGCUGUUGAACUUUCAAAAGUUUUUCGACCAACAUUAGCAACAGCACAAAUGAAAAUUGAAGCAGAUUGUCCUGAUCUUUUACAAAUUAUUGGUGAAAUUGCACAUGUAGGUGGUGCAACAGAUAAAAAAACAGAAAAACCAUGUGUAUCAUUAGAUGAUCUUAAAAAUGCAAUUAAACAACGUGGAUAUGAAAUUUCUAAAUCAUCACUUUAUUAUCGUCUUAUGCCUCAACGUGCUCUAUCGCAAGAUGGAAAAAAACAUAUUGUUACUGUACCUGUUCGUCUUCGUAAAAUGCAAGGAAUUGAAUUACCAUCUCAACAUGAAGAUUGUCAUUUUACGGCUGCUUCAACAAGACAUAUUACAGAUUUAGCUGGUAUUUUUGGUAAUGAUUGUGUCUUCUAUUUAACACAAGAUACUAAAGCUAAAAUUAGUAUUGGUCGACCUGCAACAGCUAAAGGGCAAACACCUCUUAUAUUGCAUCUUGAUUAUAAAAUAAGUUCAAUCGAACCACAAUUAAAUUCGAUUGCUCCACCGCAUCAAUUAACACCAUGUAUUUACGCUGCAUCAGUUAUUGAUGAAGCAGGUGCAAUAUCAAAUUUUGGUCCAACAUAUGUAUCUAUUCGAUCGGCUAAACAUGAUCGUUUAACACAUGAAAGUCAUGCAAUGGAUUUUGAUCAUUUGGUUCAAUUGAAAGAAUUUGAAAAAGUUGCAUGUGAUCAUUCUGGUCGUGUUAAACCAAUUGUUAUUAUGAAUUAUGAUAGUAGUGGAUUAGAUAAUAAAACGCGUUAUUUGAAAACACUUACAUCAGCUAUUGAUAAAUUUAAAAAACAUAAUUUAGAUGUACUUAUUAUUGUUAAUCAAGCACCAGGACAAGCAAUACUUAAUGUUGUUGAAAGACGUUUAUCACCAAUGUCACAUGAUUUAGCUGGUUUAAUUUUACCCAAUGAUCAUUUUGGUUCACAUUUAAAUGAUAAUGGUUUAACUGAACAUGCAGAAUUAGAAAAAGAAAAUUUUAAAUUAACUGGUAAUGUUUUAGCUGAAGUUUGGAGUAUGAAUGUACUUGAUGAAUAUUCAGUUGUUGCUGAAUAUAUUAAUCCAUUACCUAUUAUUGAUGAACAACUUCAAAUGGCUGAUAGUACAUUAGCUUUAGAUAGUGUUAUUGAUCAAGUUUGUGCUGGAGAAGAAGAUAUUAUUGCUAAACAAACACGUUCAAUGUUGACAAUGAAAAUCAAGACUGAAUAUGAUAUUGAUGAAUAUUGGUGUGCAACUCAUGUUCUUCAAACUCAAUAUACAAUUCAAAUAAUUCGUUGUAAUGAUGCAUCUUGUUGUACACCAUGGCGUUCAAAUUAUAUUCAAGUUUUUCCUCAUCGUUUUCUUCCAGCACCAGCACCAUUUGAUCGUUCAUCAGCUGGUGUUAAAAUGGCUGAAAUUGCAUCAUCAUCAGCUGCUAUAAAUCCAAUUUCACCAUUCUAUGGUAAUCUUUUUCAACGUAUACAAUUUCAUGGUAUUGUUAUUAAUCGUACAAAAAAUGAUUUGUUACCAUUUGAUGCUUGUUGUCCAUCAAUACAAACUGAAUUAUCAUCACGUAUAUGUUCAAUCUGUAAACAAUAUAUUCCAAUAGCUGUACGUUUACGUAAUCAUUAUCAAAUUCAUCAACAAUAUGCAUUGGAUUAUGAUAAAAAUAAUAAAGAAGAAAUUAUUGAUGAUCAUGAUUUAAAUGAUCCAUAUGAUAUACCAAUACAAUCAAUAAAUUCAAAAGAAGGUGGUGUACAUUUAUUUAAACAUAUGACUGAAUGGUUAAGAUCAGAUUUUGAAGAUGAUCCUAUUAUUGAUGUAAAAACUAAAUCAAUAGCAGCAACAGCAGCAGCUAAUAUUCGUAAAGAUAAACAAAUGACUGCAAUAGCAACAAGUCAACAACAAGAAUCAAUGACAAUGACUCAAACUAUUACAGAAGAAGUCAAUGAAGAAAUUAUAGAGAUAUCUACUGUUAGACAAGCAAGAACUACAACUGAAAUUUCCAAUGUAAAUGAAAGUCAAACACAAAGUAGUGCUAUAUUGGAUGCUUUAGAACAAUUAGCAAUGAUUGAUGAUGGUACUAGUUCGAUUGGUGAUACACCAAGUCAAUUAAGUUGGGAUGAUCUUGAUGAUCUUAUUGACAAUAUGUAA